AUGGAGACAGGUACACAUCGCCUCGACGCGGUCGCCUCAUCACUACCCUACGAUCGUAUUGACGUUGGCUGGAUCGAGCGGCGAUUAAAGGAUCAAACCCGAGCCACCGCACGAACGAGCAGGUUAUCGGCAUACUUUGAUGGCUUCAUGGAGUUUGCUGAGGAACCGCCAUCUAUUUCUCGCUCUCCCAGCCCUGACUUACGAUCUCCACCCAUUUGGCAGACUGGUGCCGGCCACAAUACCACUCACCCCGACCCGUUUUCGCGCAACACGAUAAAUGGUAGACGGACUGCCAACGGCAUACCUCAGCGGCAAACUCGCCGCUCUACAACCGAGUCCGACUCGGAUUCAGGAUACUUUCAUCAACGUAGGAUACGACGGCAACUCACGCCGAUGCCAAGACAUAAACCUACUCACCGGCGACCUUUGAACACCCGAAAGAUAACCCAGCGGCCAGGAAAGCCGAAUGACAAAGUCGUGAGAGUCGCUAAUGCCCACGCCAUGGAAACAAGGUCGAAGAGCCGCAGAAGUGGACGGGGAUACAGAAGGAAAUGGCUUGGAGGCAAGUUAUCGGGUGGGCAAGGCGAGGCUGAUACAAAUGAGGCUCAAGAUGCCGUGCAAGGCUUUGACCUUGCACUUUGGUUGGCAGCCUAUCAAAAAGAGCCUAUGGAUAAGUUACAGGCCAAGAAUGUCACCAAUGCGCAGAUGGAAGAAGCCGACUUGAGAUUGGCCACAGGUUCUGAGGCAGGGCAUAUGAGAACAUAG